AUGGAAAGCCCUGAACAAGAGGUCGAGCCCUCGCUCCCGUUCAAUGAUUACGCACCCACUUUUUAUAUCGGUCAUCAUGAGUCAAGGCGCACUCUGCCUGUCGUAGACCUUGCGCUACGUGAAGCGCAGGAUGUGGGAUAUGAUAUGAUUACAUGUCCCAUUACUACGGAGCAUUUUCAAUCAAGAGUUCUGGCGCUCAUAUCUAAUUAUCUCGGUGAAAAUACUGAAGCCAAGUCUCGGUUGGCAUCUGCCGCUUCGGCUCCUAUUAUCCCGCCACUUACGCCCGCGGAUUCCUCUCUGGUUCCUGGGACCACGGCAUCACAAUUGAUAGCCUACUCAAGCCCAUGGAUUGACCUCGCUUCAUCAGAUCCAUUGUUGGCGAAUAUAUCACGUCAAGUUCUAAAUAUUGAAGUAGCCUAUGCCUCUUUUUGUGGAAUUGGCAAUGUGAUCGUAUCAGGGCCAAGGACUUAUAGCAACGUUUCAACCUCUGAAAAUAAACUGGCGACUUAUGCCAGAGCUAUCCAAGAGGCUCUUGUUAUUGGCAAUUUUACACAAAUAGCAAUACAUAUUCCGAUGUACGAAUGCGAGUUUCGAACAAAAAUAAAGGGAGAUAUUAGCUUGCUAUCUACUCAACAAAAUCCGUCUGGAAAGACGCAGACAGGCCAAUACGUUGACCUGUAUGAAACAUGGGAUGCCUGGAAUGUAAUACGUAGUGUGUGUAAAUACAACCCAAGGCUCGCAGUAGCUCUUGAAAUUCCUCGAAAACUACCGAUAGAAUCUCUACAGUCUCGUUGGUUUGCUGAGCCUCUACGGCUGCUUCUCUUCAAUGCAUCAACCUUUUUAAUGAACAAAGAUGAUUAUCCGGUAUUAAGCAAAAGCCAUCAAACCUUACUUUCACGUUACAUGCGACUCAAGCAACCUCCGUGGCUUAUGUUAUGUGAUUAUGAAACCUUUUCUAUCUUAGAGAAGCCAGAGAAAAUCAGUUCAUCUAUUGCUAAUAGUGAAACUGAUGCUACACCUAAAAAUGGUACAGAAUCAAUCUCUCUAGGAUCCUCAGGUGACUCAAUUGGUAAAGAGACCAUCCUGAAAAAUUCUGGACCAAAUGAUUACGCUGUAGCUCAGUUAAAAUACUUACGUUACCUUCAAAGAAAUCAACCGGCACAAACAACAAUCGAAAAGUUUGGGUCAGGGUACCAAGAUUAUCUUCAAGCACCACUUCAACCGUUGACAGAUAAUCUAGAAUCAGUAACUUAUGAAGUUUUUGAAAAAGACCCGGUUAAAUAUGAUAGUUAUGAGAAAGCUAUUGCACUAGCUCUAUCUGAUUGGUCUAAGCACGAUAAACCUACUUCUGGACCAAAUAAAACCAUAGUUGUAGCCGUCGUUGGUGCGGGGCGUGGUCCGCUUGUUUCUCGAGCCUUAGCAGCUAGUAAGGCAACUGGCACCUCUAUAGAACUAUGGGCGAUUGAAAAGAAUCCCAAUGCCUUUGUUCUACUACAGAGGCAUAACAUGGAAGACUGGGGGGGUGUCGUUAAUAUUGUUAAGAGCGACAUGCGGGCAUGGAAAGGACCACACCGAUAUUCUAACGGCGUAGAUGUCAUUAACAAUACAUCUAAUGAGCCUUCGCUAAGCUUUUCCCAUAGCAAAGUUGAUAUCUUAGUCUCAGAGCUUCUUGGGUCAUUCGCUGACAAUGAGCUUUCUCCUGAGUGCCUUGACGGUGUGCAGCACGUUUUGGCGCCAGGACAUGGUAUAUCCAUUCCGAGCUCUUACACGGCUCAUUUAACUCCCAUUUCGGCACCUAGAUUAUUUACCGAUAUUUCACACCGAAUCACCACGGAAGAUGUAGCCAAUGAUACACCAUACGUUGUCAUGUUGCAUGCCUUUGACUUUCUAGCCACUUCCGUACCUGAUCACCCUCGCAUUCAAGAGGCUUGGGAGUUUGUACAUCCUUUACCUAGCUCCACGCUCGCCAUCUCAGAGGCGAGACGAAGCGGCGGGGUCAGUGGUGGAGGCGGAGGUAGUAUGUCUGGAAGUGAUGGUGCGAAUGAACACAACGUGCGCUCGACCAAACGCAAAUUUAUUUGUCGAGAUCGUGGCGCUGUACAUGGAAUUGCUGGCUACUUUGAAGCUGUUCUUUACGACGGCGGCCUAUCCGGCAAAGUUGAACUUAGUACACGCCCUGAUACUAUUGAAGCUAAGAGCCCCGAUACGAUCUCAUGGUUCCCCAUCUAUUUCCCUCUGAAGACCCCUGUAUACUUUCCUGACGAUUCAGAAGUUGAAAUUAGUAUGUGGCGCCAAACUGACGACCGCAAAGUUUGGUACGAGUGGAUUGUCGAAGCGUUUGUCAUGAUGGGCCCAGAUAAACGGUUGCGGCUAGGAAUUAGUGAAAUGGGCAGCAGCAAUAAAGUUGGCUGUCUCAUGUAA